AGGACGAAAGAAUGCAGACUCUCAAAGUCAACGUCUGGAUGACUUUUAACUGGAAAGAUGAAUUCAUGAUGUGGGAUCCAGCAGAGUAUGGCAACAUUACCGACUUGAAGAUAGCUUCGGAGCUAGUAUGGAUGCCUGAUGUUGUUCUUUACAAUAACGCCGCCAACGAGUACAAAGAUUUUAUGAGAGAUGAGAUCGUGGUGAUCACGAACGAGGGGCAAGUCAACUGGGCAGCGCCCAAGAUCAUCUCCAGCUACUGUUCAAUCAACGUCAAAACGUUCCCAUUCGACGAGCAACAAUGCCUCAUGAAAUUUGGACCCUGGCAGCACGAGGGAAAGGAGCUGAGGAUUUGGGGCGGAGGUAGUGGUGACGCGUCGGUCUAUAAUAGUGAUGGACAGUGGGACAUCCUUGAUAUGACCGCCAAGAGUGACGAGGUCGAGUACCCGGAUGCACCAGGAAAAACCUACACAGAUGUGACGUACACCAUCAAAUUCAAGCGGAGACCUUUGUAUUACGUGUUCAAUCUGAUCUUACCUUGCACAUUCGUGUCGAUGGUGGCGCUACUCAGCUUCUUCUUGCCUCCGGAAUCGGGUGAAAAGAUCAGUCUUGGUAUAACGGUUCUUCUCUCUCUUACUGUCUUCCUUCUCUUGGUCGCUGAGACCAUGCCUCCGACAAGUGCUGUUCCUGUAGUUGGACAAUACUUCAUGAGUACAAUGGUUCUCAUCUCGGGAUCAUUAGCAAUGUCCGUCAUGGUUCUCAACAUGCACCAUUGUCGACCUGAUUGUCGACCAGUCCCUCGUUGGGUUCGCAUCGUGGUCAUCGACUGCCUCGGACGAAUACUAGCCCCAUCUGUGGUCAAGAACUCCAAGACGGAUCGACGUCGUCUCAGUGUUCGCACCGAAUCACUCCAGAAGCACUGCCACAACUGGGAACUGGAAGACCUAAUGGCAUGUGCGGACCCUCUCUCCCCGAACACCAAACGUGAACUGAAUGGAGUAUCAAUGAACCAGUGUGCACAUGCCGCGUCGGGCAAGGAUGGCACGGUGCAUGUGGUCGAGUGCGGACGUCGGUCAGACUCUUUCACGCGGGACGCCAUUCCCAUAUUACGCAGUAUGCUGACAGAAUUACGUAAACUGACAGCAAAUAACCGUUCGGAGAGGGAAGAGAAGCUACGGCAGAACGAAUGGCAGAGGGUAGCGUUGGUGAUGGACAGGGUAUUCUUGUUGGUCUUUCUCAUUGGUACUUUCGCAGCAUCUUCGUUCAUGUUUAGCAAGGCAUAGUGGUGACUAUUAAGACUUGGAAGAAAUGAAUGAACCUUUCCAGAAAUCAUGAUUAUUUUAAUAGUGUAGAGUGAUAUCUAACAAAGCGACAGGAAUAUUCCUCGAUACUUCUUAAUCCGGGUCUUCUAGCUAUGCACCAUGGGAUACUAGAAACAUUGAACAACCCAUUGACUCUAUAAGCUGUCCACAAUAUACAUGAUCAUUAUCCGAUGAUAACUUUGCCAAAUAAACCACCUCACACUAGCUAUGUUAAUGGAGCUUUGCAAUAUCCCACCCCAUUUUCAACUUUCUUUUUAGUUGGCGAUGUGUACUAUGCUUUAGGAUUUAUUUUUCAACAAGGGCCACAGAACCAGAAAGCCUGUACCCCUCCUGGUCCCGUCGCAUUCACGCAUUUUCCUAGUGAAUGACUGAUGGACUGACGGAUUGACUAACUAAAACAAAAACAAGCAAUUUAAAUACACACUAUCCCUAUGCCGCCAUAUUACUAUUUCAUGUCAGAUUUAAGGUGAGUUGUGAAUGAUUAAACAAGGGAUAUUGUACAUAUAAGUCGUUUCCAAUGCCUAGGCGGAUGACCGACCUGGCCAAAAUAUCUUGCUUGGGCUUGAUGAAGUUGAUCAGUUCGGGAGUCUGGGUAGAGCGAACAUUAGAACGGCUGAAUUGUUGUUCGUUUUUCAUGGCAAUAUAACAUGAUGUCAAAUUCAUACUUUAAGGAAGAUGUAUAUGCUACAAUUCGAAUAGUUUAUUUAACUGAACACGAAUCGAAUUCCUCAGCACAUGUUCAUUUUAUGUGAUUUAAGAUUAUUGUCUACGACCUGUCAACGCCACUGAUAGCCAUAUUAAAAUGUAUGACGAU